UUGAGACUGCAGCAAACCAGCCCAUCUCUUCGAAGGAGUUCAAGAGGCAAGCUGAGUUCUUUAGCCCCAUACCCUGGCCUGCACAGAAGGAUUGGGGUCCGGGUGUGAAUUUAGGAGAAACACGAACUCUUGAGGAAGAACCCAAAGACUUUAAGCCAGGGAAAAGGGACAUAGAAUCUUGGGGUCCGCGGGAUUUCGCAUCAAGCGAAACCUUCGCUUCCAGAGCCGAGAGUGGGGUGUCCUCUUGGAAGGGGCACGGCAGCCCCUGCCCCUCACUCCUGAGCAGCGUCGAGUAAGGGUAUUUUACCAUGGCUGAGGCCAAGGAGCCCAAGGAGAUCGCUCCGGGUUCCCAGGGGCAACCCGAAGGUGCGGCGAUAGGGGGACCAGGAGAGCCUGGGGCUGCGGACCUGGAGGGGCGGGAAGCAAGCGAGGGAGCUGCAGAGGCACCCAGGGACCUGGGGGCGGGCGCAGAGGCCACAGCCUCGGGGAAGGAGGAAGGAGGCUGUGGGCUGGAAGCGGGAAUCGGGGGAGCGCAGGCGCAAGACCCGCGCACGGGCCCCGGGACAGAGACGGGCGCCAGCGGAGCUCCAGGGGAAGCGGAGGCUGCAGAGCGCGACCCCGAGGCCGCCAGGAUCCCGCAGGGAGCGGAGGAGGCUCCAAGCGCCCAGCAGGUGCGGGAGAUGAGCUCGGGGCUAGAAGCUCAGAGUGAGGCCCCCGAGGUCCCCGGGGACGCUCGCCAGGAGCCAGAGGACCCCAUGGCCUCAGAGGCAGGGGAAGAGGCAGAAUCCGGUCAGGGAGCGCAGGGAGGCAGCGCGCCAGGGUUGCAGAUCAACCCAGAAGUCCAGGGAUCUGCAGGGGACAAUACGGACACAGAGGCACCCGCAGGAGGGCCACUCGGGUCAGAGGGUGAGCCCCAGGGUGAAGGGGAAAGCAGCCUUCAGCACCAGGAUGAGGUGAUUGAGAUUGCAGCCGCAGAGAUCGAAGGGCACGAGCCCGGGGAGCUGGCGGGCGCUUCGGCCGCAGACGCCGCGGGGGAAGUGGGUACCCUGGGGAAAGAUGGGUCCGAGGAAGCAACUCCUGAGGAGGUGAGGGUAGACGCUGUUGAGAAUGGGGACCAGGCCAGGCUCCAGGAGGAGACCGGGGAGGAAGAAGCGAGGCCAGACCCCGGGUUGAAGAGACCCUGUGAAGAGGCUAUCCAAGAGAAAUCCCCCGACGAUAGCCUUGAUGGAGAGGAGGCCAAACCCACCGGGCACGAGGAGUCCCAGGAGGAGCUUAGCAACCACCUAGCCGAGGAGCCCAGCGCCCAAGGUGGAGAAGAGUUGGGGCGAGUGAACGGCCGCAGGGAGAACGGCCCAGCAUCGGAGGAAGGGGAUCCAGGACAGGAGCACGACAUCACCCUCUUUGUUAAGGCUGGUUAUGACGGAGAGAGCAUCGGAAACUGUCCAUUUUCGCAGCGUCUCUUUAUGAUCCUCUGGCUAAAGGGUGUUAUAUUCAAUGUGACAACGGUGGACCUGAAACGGAAGCCUGCAGACCUUCAGAACCUGGCUCCCGGGACGAACCCUCCUUUCAUGACUUUUGAUGGUGAAGUCAAGACGGAUGUGAAUAAGAUUGAGGAGUUCCUAGAGGAGAAGUUAGUUCCCCCAAGGUACCCUAAGCUGGGAACCCAACACCCCGAAUCCAACUCGGCAGGAAAUGAUGUUUUUGCCAAAUUCUCAGCAUUUAUUAAAAACACCAAGAAGGACGCGAAUGAGAUUUAUGAAAAGAACCUACUACGGGCCCUGAAGAAGCUGGACAGUUACUUAAACAGCCCUCUACCAGACGAAAUAGAUGCCUACAGUACGGAGGAUGUCACUGUUUCACAAAGGAAAUUUCUGGAUGGGGAUGAGCUCACACUGGCCGACUGUAACCUCUUACCCAAGCUCCAUAUCAUCAAGAUUGUGGCCAAGAAAUACAGGGAUUUUGAAUUUCCAUCUGAAAUGACUGGCAUUUGGAGGUACUUGAAAAAUGCUUACGCCCGGGAUGAGUUCACUAACACGUGUCCAGCUGACCAGGAGAUCGAACACGCGUAUUCAGAUGCAGCGAAAAGGAUGAAGUGAUGCUUGCUGGCUGGCUUGCAUCUUUUUCUCAGAUGAGCAAGCAAGGCUUCCAGGAGAGCCUUCUAUGUUUCUUCCCUGAAACAGCUUUUGCAAAACGAUGCUGACUCUCUUAAUGCCACCACAGGAUGCAUGGCCUUGAGAUUUGUCUACUCAUUCCUCCGUCUCAUCUAUGCUAAUUUAUAUCUUUGAGGUUCAAUACUCUUGUAAUCCAUGUUUAGGGCGAUAGUGUUUUGUAGCUCAUUUCAGAGCAAAUUGCCUUUGACUCUAGUUCUCAUCAUUUUUAAGAGGUUAGUCUUUCUUUGAUAGUUUUGAUAAUCAUGUGACUUGUUUUUCUCUUUUCAAAUAUUAGUUUAAAAUGGAAAUGCUGUUUGAUAUACUUAUAAAAUACUUUAGAACAGUAUUAGAGGGUGUGAAGAAGAAAUUAAAAAUCACCUAAAAUUUAUUCUAUAUAUUUUCUGAUAACAAUUGGGUGAAUAUUUCCAGAACCACCAAUCUUUAACGUAUUCUUGUGCACAUACAUACUCAUGCGUGUACCAUACAUCACGUAUAAUUUUCAUUCAUCUGUGGUAUGACAUUUGUGUGAAAGACCAAUGAAGGGACGUCCCUCUUGGUGCCUUAAAAGGUCAUCAUGGAAGACUUAAAACAAAGAAUUUGGCCCUGCUGAGUCACAUAGGGAUUGUAGAGCCUCUUGCAGAACCAUGGGGCAGCAGGACGUAGGGUAAUGGGACCAGGGUGCCUUGCUUUUGCCCCAAGGAUAUUGUUGCCCCUGAGCCCAGGUGUGGAGAGUGUCCCUGUGCCUUAGAGUCUACUCCUUUUGGGAACUUCUCUUCUCACUUCCUCAGAGGGACUGUGCUUUCAUGGGGACUCUUCCUGUCAGCUCCGGCUUGGAGACUCUCCCUGCCCUACAUCACAAUGUAAGCCUAUGAGUACUGCUCAAGGCAGUGCUUCAGUGAAGAUGAUGUACCUGAGGUUAGCUCAUUCAUGUCUCCUUCCUAUCUCAUUGCUGUUCUUUCUGUCUCAACCUGAGGCCAAGCAUGAAAACUAAAUUCCAGAUGAAAAUCCAGAAAGUCCCGUUCUUAAGCCAUUCCAGAAAAUGGUCUUUACCCGAGAAGUUGAGGAGUUUCUGGUCUGCUUGUGACAUUCCUUCCAUCAUCCUUGGGGCCACCCUGUGUCAUAGUGAGGCCUGCUGGGCUCCAGCCUAAUCAUGAAUGAGGAAAUGUGAGCUUGCCUAGAUGCUCUGCAAGACUUCUCCGGCUUGACCCUUCACAGCCGCACACCCUACAGGAAACAUCUCUUGUACGCUUGGCCGGGGUGCUGGGCUCUGGAUUCCCUCAUGCUCCAUAGGCAGUUUGGAUGAAGGUAUCAAUAAGAUCCUGAGAUUAGGUGAAAAAUAUCUCGUAAGGAAAUAAAGUCCAAUAUGGUGGCCACUACAUUUUCUUGUUUCUUGGAAGCCGUGGCUUCAGUCCAGUAGUCUGUUUUCAGGGUCAUGUCUAGCUGUCCCGCCUUGGUCCACAUCACUCCACACCUCUGUAGGAGUCAUCUUUAUAAGCCCGCUCUUACAGUGUGACAUUCAAACUUGGUAAAUGACAAUGAUCAGGAAUUAGUCCUGUUACUUUUGUUCUUUUAGAUAUUAAAAUGAUCAUAAGCCAUGUGCCUUACAAAUUAAACAUUUUCAAUC